GAUGGCAGCGCUGACCCGACGGGCAUCCUCCGCAUCCCGCGGCGCAGGCAGGCACAGCCCGGCGGCCGAAGCCCGGCCGCGCUCCCGGCAUCCCCGCCCCAGCCCUCCCGGGCCGAAGCCCCCGCCGCCGGGAAGCCGGCCGGGGGAGUCCCGCCGCCCAUGGUGCUGAGCCUGCUGCUCUCGGCCUACCAGCUGUGCCGCCUGGCCAUGCCCGAGGCGGCGGGCGCGGCGGGCGGCGCGGGCUGGUGGGCGGAGGGGCUGGGCGCCGACGGCCCCGACCUGCCGCCCGGGCUGGGCUCGGCCGUUCAGGCGGCCCUGGAGCGGAGCCUGCCCGAGCUGCACCAGGCCGUCUCGGCCGCCAAGCAAGCGGCCGGCCCGGGCGACCUGCAGGCGCGACUGGGCGCCCUCCUGGCGCUGGUGGGGGAGGCCUGGCGGCUGCCGGCCGUGGGGCGCGAGGUGGCCAAGGGGCUGUGCGACGCGCUGCGCCUGGAGGGCGGCCUCGAUCUGCUGCUCGACCUGCUGCGCGGCGCCGAUCCCGAGAGCCGGAGCCGCGCGGCGCAGCUGCUGGAGCAGGUGCUGGUGGCCGAGAACCGGAACCGCGUGGCUCGGAUCGGCCUGGGGGUGGUCCUGAACCUGGCCAAGGAGCGGGAGAGCCUCCCUCUGGCCCGCAGCACCUCGGGCAUCCUGGAGCACAUGUUCAAGCACUCGGAGGAGACCUCUCUGCAGCUGAUCGCCCACGGCGGCCUGGACGCCAUCCUCUUCUGGUGCCGCUGGAGCGACCCGGUGGUGCUCCGCCACUGCGCCGCGGCCCUGGCCAACUGCGCCAUGUACGGCGGGCAGGCCAACCAGCGGCGGAGGGUGGAGAAGAAGGCGUCCGAGUGGCUCUUCCCGCUGGCCUUCUCCAAGGAGGACGAGAUGGUCCAGUUCCAGGCCUGCCUGGCCAUCGCCGUGCUGGCCACCAACAAGGAGAUCGAGAAGGAGGUGGAGAACUCGGGCACGCUGGCCCUGGUGGAGCCCUUCAUUGCCACCCUUGACCCGGUCCGCUUCGCCCACAGCUGGCUGGGCAGCAGCGACAACAGCCAGGGCCGAACGGCUGACGACCUGCAGUGCCUGGUGCCCCUGCUGGACAGCUCCCGCCUGGAGGCCCAGUGCAUUGCCGCCUUCUACCUCUGCGUGGAGGCCGCCAUUAAAGCCCGGCAGAAGAAGACCAAGAUCUUUGCGGACAUCGGGGCCAUCCAGAGCCUGAAGAGGGUCGUCUGCUACUCAGCCAACGGUACCACCUCCAUGCUGGCCAAGAGGGCGCUGAGCACCAUGGGCGAGGAAGUGCCGCGGCGGCUUCUGCCCACGGUGCCCAACUGGAAGAUCCCUGAAGUGCAGAAGUGGCUGCAGCAGAUCGGCUUCGUCAAGUAUUGUCCCCGCUUCCUGGAGCACCAGGUGGACGGCGACCUGCUGCUGAGGCUGACAGAGGAGGACCUGCUGGCCGACCUGGCCAUGAGCUCCAGCAUCUCCCGCAGGCGAUUCUUCCGGGAGCUGACGGAGCUGAAGACCUACGCCAACUACUCCACCUGCGACCGCAGCAACCUGGCCGACUGGCUGGCCGGCGUUGACCCCAAAUUCCGCCAGUACACCUACAACCUGGUCACCUGCGGCAUCGACCGCCACGUCCUCCACCGCGUGACGGAGCAGCAGCUGCAGGACGACUGCCACAUCGGCCUGGGCUUCCACCGCGUCCGCAUCCUCUCCGCCGCGCGGGAGAUGCUUCACUCGCCUCUGCCGUGCAACAGCCGGAAGUCCGCCUUGGAGGGCACGGACGUCUUCAUCAGCUACCGACGACGCACCGGAUCCCAGCUGGCCAGCCUCCUGAAGGUCCACCUCCAGCUGCACGGAUUCAGCGUCUUCCUCGACGUGGAAAAGUUGGAGGCCGGGAAAUUUGAGGACAAGCUGACCCAGAGUGUGAUGAGUGCCCGGAAUUUCGUGCUGGUCCUCUCGGUCCAGGCCCUGGACCGCUGCAAGGGGGACGUGGCCGGCAGAGACUGGGUGCACAAGGAAAUAGCCACUGCCCUGAGCUGCAGGAAGAACGUCAUCCCGGUGGCCGACCACUUUGAGUGGCCCGACCCGGAAGAGCUUCCGGAGGACAUGAGGGCCAUCCUGAAGUUCAACGGGAUCAAGUGGUCCCACGAGUACCAGGAGGCCACCGUCGAGAAACUGAUCCGCUUCCUGCAGGGGCGCUCCUCCCAGGACUCCUCCGCAGGGUCGGAAAACAGCCUGGAGUGUGGGCCCCCCCUGGAGCAGAGCUAGGAGGACGGACGGACGGGCUCCUUCCCCUCCCCCCAGGGGCCUCCCAAGUCCACCCCAGCCCCCCGGGCUUUGGAGUCAGGAGAUCAUUCUUCCCCCAGGCCCCUCCUCAGUGGAUUCCGUACUGGAUCUCCCCACAGGGCUGUGGGGCAGGGUGGGGGGGUCUGGGGGAGCCGUCCAGUCGGGCUGCCACGAGUGGGGGAGGCUUGUGAAGUGGGUGGGGACGGGCCCUUCCCUCCAUUCUCUAGGUCUCACGCUUGUCCCCAAGGGUUUUUUCCCCCCAAAGGGCAGCUGGAAGAUUCUUGGGUUUUUCCUUGAAAACGUUUCACUUCUCGUCCAAGAAGCUUCUUCGGUUCUUCAGGGUUCCUUCUCUCCUUCCUUUCUUUCUCCCU